GUCCAGCAUAGCUAUAUCCUAUCUGUCCGACAGCAGCCACACCCUGUUGUCUUAGAAAUAGAUUAAAACGUCAAGUCAUUUCAGAGACCUCUCCUGUCAAGCGGAUACGAAACGGUCCUAUCAGUUACUCUGUCACUCCCAUCAUGGAAGCUCUGCUGAAGUCUAUGCAUAAUACCUCUCCCAAAGCAAAUUCUCAUGAGAUGUGGUGGGGUACACUGGGCACUGUGCGACCCUUCCCCAACUUCAACUCAGAGAAGGAUGCCCGCGAAAUUCAAACUGCCUUGGAGAGCAAAGCCAGUGACGUGAACACUCUGGUGAGAAUCUUGACCAAUCGAAACAAUGCUCAGAGACAGAGCAUCGCAGAGUCCUACCAUAACCUCACAAAGAAGGAGUUGUGUCCUGCCCUGAAGAAAGCUCUGUCAGGGGGGCUGGAGCAACUCAUGCUGGGGCUGAUGAUGACCCCCUCUCAGUUUGACGCCCAUCGCCUCAGACAGUCCAUGGAAGGUAUUGGUACAGAUGAAGAGAGUCUAUUGGCUGUGUUGUGUACCAAAUCACCACAGCAGCUUAAAGAUGCCACUAUUGCCUACAAACAGGAGUUUGGACGUUACUUGGAGAAUGAUCUUAUCAGUGAGACUAGUAAAGACUUCACUAAGCUGGUACUGGCCAUACUCAAGAAGGAGGAGCUGAAUUCAAAGGAGAUGGUUGAUUAUCAGCUCAUUGACCAGGAUGUUAAGGCUCUGAAUGAUGCUGUGAAUGGUAAGAAAAAGGACCCAGCCCCCUGGAUUCAGGUGUUAACCACGAGAGACUCAAACCAUCUCAACAGAGUGCUAUCCAGGUUGGAGGAUCUGAGAGGGGAGACUGUGGAUAAAACAGUACAGAGUCACUUCUCUGGGGACCUGAGGCUUGGCUUCCGCACUCUGGUUGGCUCCAUCCCAAGCAUUCCUUUGUUCCUGGCCCAGCGGCUACACAGCAACAUUAAGAAAGGCAGUUUAGUGCAGGGGAUUCUUAUCAGCCACAGUGAAGAGGACCUCCUCUGUGUGAGAAUCGAGUAUCGCAAACUGACCAACAUUUCACUCUACUCUACAUUGCAGAAAGAAUACAAAGGGGAGAUGCAGCAGGCUCUCCUAGCCUUGUGUCGAUCUGAAGACCUGUAAAGGAAGAAUUCAUUUUAACCUACACACAGUAUUGUCACACUGGUAUAAAGGGAUCGGGAGACAGGUGCAGGAAUGCGUAAUAGUUUUUUUUUAAAAUCCAAAUUACAGCGUGCCAUCUACAGGCACAGCGGCGGCGACCAAACAAACACUAUACAAAACACAGGGUUGAGACCCAAACAAAAGAGCGAGGAGUACCUUGAAUAAAUACACAAUCACACAAUGAUUAUCACACGGGACGAGACCCCUAAUCAUCUGCACAAUAUACGUGGCACGAAAUCCAAAACAACACAGCACAGGUACUCACACGACCAACGGACAUUGGAACAAUAAACGACAGGACAAUGGUGAACAAAGGGCACACUUAUACAAUUACUAAUCAACUGGGAAUAGGGACCAGGUGUGCGGAAUGACAGUUCUGGAGGGAUCUGUGACAAGUACAUAUGAUUUCCGUUGUUGUAACCUAAUAACUGGUAUUAUGUCACUCCAUUAAACAAUUUACAUGUCUUUGAUAUUUCAGCACAUUUUGCCAUAAUUUGACCAAGUCUAUUUCACCCAUAGUGCUAACCAUUAUGAAGUGGUAAUUUGCCUUAAAGUAAACGAAUUUCAAACAUCUCACACCUUUGUUUCUACUUCUAUGAAUAUCAUCUAGUGUGUGUGCGAGUUGGUGGGGAACAGGGCCCAGGCGUUUCAUAUUCUAAGUGUCUCUCUCCCUCUGUUUGUCCUAAUCCCAGGUCAAUGUCAGCCAGGAAGUAUUAAUAUCCCUCAAGCAUCUCAGACUCCCCUCAUCCCCUCCCCACCCUCCCACCA